CAGUUGUUGUGGUGAAUGUUUCCAGUUCUUUACUCUGAAGGGUGAUUUCAGCAGAUCCAAGAUCAGGCUGCCAAUCUAUUACAAACACCGGAACUAUCCCCGGUUUCAUGGGCGAUCCAGGCAGUUUUUGUUCAUUGUCAACAAAAUAAUCUGCUACGCGGCGAACGGGCUGAAGGGCCGGCGGUGUUCACGCGCAGCGCUUACAUCUGAGCUGUUUACUCUCAGCUGAAGGAAACCGUGUAAACAGACGCAGGACGACACAGCGCUGACAAAAUGAACGUCACUUUAGCAGUAAAGCAGUAUAUCUCCAAAAUGAUAGAAAGCAGCGGUCCAGGAAUGAAGGUUUUGCUCAUGGACAAAGAGACAACCAGCAUUGUGAGUAUGGUCUACACACAGUCUGAGAUCCUGCAGAAAGAGGUCUACCUGUUUGAGAGGAUUGACUCUCAAAACCGAGACAACAUGAAACAUCUGAAGGCCAUCUGCUUCCUGCGACCAACCAAGGAAAAUGUAGAGAAUCUGAUUCAAGAGCUGCGCCGUCCCAAAUACAGCGUCUAUUUCAUCUAUUUCAGCAACGUCAUAAGUAAGAGUGAAGUAAAGGCUUUGGCGGAGGCUGAUGAGCAGGAGGUCGUUGCAGAGGUGCAGGAGUUCUAUGGAGACUUCAUCGCUGUGAAUCCUCAUCUCUUCUCCCUCAACUUACAAGGAGUAGCCAGGGGUCGCAGUUGGGAGCCCACUGUUCUUCCACGUGUCACUCAAGGCUUGACCUCUGUGCUGUUGUCUUUGAAGAAAUGUCCCAUGAUCCGCUACCAGCUUUCCUCUGACAUGGCCAAGAGACUGGCUGAGAGUGUUAAACAAAUCAUCACCAAGGAGUAUGAGCUAUUUGACUUCAGAAAAACUGAAGUGCCUCCUCUUCUCCUGAUACUGGACAGAAGUGACGAUGCUAUCACACCCCUUCUCAACCAGUGGACGUAUCAGGCUAUGGUUCAUGAGCUGCUGUGUCUCAACAACAACCGAAUAGACCUUUCUAGAGUUCCUGGUAUUAACAAAGACCUGAAGGAGGUGGUGCUGUCUGCAGAGAAUGAUGAGUUCUACGCCAAUAACUUAUAUCUGAACUUUGGUGAGAUUGGAACAAACAUUAAGAACUUAAUGGAGGACUUCCAGAAGAAGCGGCCGAAGGGCCAACAGAAACUGGAGUCUAUUACUGACAUGAAGGCGUUUGUGGAUAAUUACCCACAGUUUAAGAAAAUGUCGGGCACAGUGAGCAAGCAUGUAACCGUUGUGGGAGAACUGUCACGUCUGGUCAGUGAGAGGCAACUGAUGGAGGUGUCUGAGGUGGAGCAGGAGCUGGCCUGCCAGAAUGACCACUCCAAUGCCCAACAGAAUGUGCGGCGUCUGCUGCAGAACCCACGGGUGUCAGAGCUGGAUGCGGUGAGGCUGGUGAUGUUGUACGCUCUGCGCUAUGAGAGACACAGCAGCAGCAUCCUCUCCAGCCUCAUGGAAGAACUUAACAGGAGAGGGGUGUCUGAAAAAUACCGCAAGAUAGUACAGGCCAUGAUUGACUAUGGAGGAAAACGGGUUAGAGGAAGUGAUCUUAUCACCCCUACAGAUGCUGUGGCCAUCACAAAACAGUUUUUCAAAGGGCUUAAGGGUGUUGAGAAUGUCUACACACAACACCAGCCUCUGCUGCAUGACACACUGGAUCAGCUGAUUAAAGGCCGUUUGAAGGACAGUCAGUUCCCCUACCUCGGGCCAAGCUCUCUGCGGGACAGGCCGCAAGACAUUAUUGUCUUCAUAAUUGGAGGAGCCACCUAUGAAGAAGCCCUAACAGUUUAUAACCUGAACCGCACCAUGCCAGGUGUGCGUAUCGUACUGGGAGGGACAACCAUUCACAACACUAAGAGCUUCAUGGAGGAGGUGGCAUUAGCAGCAGGCUCGGGGCAUGGAGGAGCCAGUCGUCCACCUACCAGACGCUGAGCGUUUGUCCAUAGCUCUCUUAUUAAUGCAUAGGUUACAAUUGCUGUGUGUCAUCUGAGCCUAAAAGUUGAGUUCAUGCUCCCAUCACUCCUACUGCACACAUUCCUCUCCAGUAACAUGAACAGGAAAUACUCUGCUAUCUUUGAAAGACAUGAUGUCAUCCAUGCAUCCAUCUCUGAGUAUGUUACAAAAAAUCUUGAAUAGUAAGCCAUGCCCUGUACGUAACGUUGUCGUGCACUUAAUAGGAUGAGAACAGCUGGUCUCCAUGGUAGUGGUAGUUCCACUUUACAUUACUGCAGUGUUUUCCAACUCAGUUCUGCUUGUUAUCACAUAUUCUCCAACUAAAUUAUGUCUUCAGACAGUCUUAACUGUCUGAAUUGGGUAUUCUAACGUCAGGUAAGGAAUGGGGGCAGAAGUCCAGCACAGUCCAUGACAGUAAAUCUCCAGGAAGAGUUUGGUAACCAUUGCAUUUGUGUUCCUAAUGCCCAUAUGUGUGGAUACAGAGAUACCUACUGUUCUUUUUAAUCAGUACUAUAUCAUACCAAUGAAUGUCUUUAAAAAGGCAACUGUAUGUAUUUGCUUUGGGUGUAAUUAUUUGGACUGUAAAGUUGUCUGUAGUUAAUGUAGUACUUAUUAGAAGCUACUAACUGUGUAAUAGUCAUAACAUCAUACUAUGUUUUAAUUUUCCUCACCACUAACAAUUAGUGUUUAUACUACCAAAAUGAAUUGGAUUUGUAUAUGACAUGUUUCUCUUUCUACAAACCUUUGACUUAUUAUUUGUGAUGGUUGGUAGGAGCAUCCAGAAAAUAAACACCCAGAAUGGACACAUGAACAUUUACACUUCUACAAUAAGUCUUGAAUACAGAUCAUCUCUGUAGGCUGCAUCACUUAAAUUUUGUGUGAGUGUAUGUGCCCUCCUGUAUGUCCUUACAUUUUAUUUUUGUACAGCAUGAUAUACUUUAAGUUGUUCUGAAGAGAUGAUGAAUAUUUUAUGACAAAGCCUAAUAAACAAAAUAAGUGCUGGUGAUGAAGAUGAA